AUGAAUCCCAUGUCCGAAGAGGACCUCGAGUGGUUUAAGUCCACCUUCCGUCCCAUACCCAAACCAGAACUCCCCGACGACAGCAUCGAGUACGCGCUAUACUGCAUCUCCUCGGACCCCGCCCCCGCCGUGGUGGAUGAAAUCGCCGACACCAGAGCGCGAUUGGUGGACGUGCAGCGCACUGCAGCGGAAUUAAGCAAGAACCUUCUCAAGGAAUAUAUCUGGCAGCGCGAUGGCUUUCGCUUGGAAAUUUCGAAAGAUGAUGGUAUCACCUCGUUGCGCGGGCGCACCAAUUUCGGAGACUCAAUCGAGGAUGAAUGGGUCAUUGUAUAUAUGCUGCGCGAAUUGACGAAAAAGCACAAGGAUGUUUGGGCCUCGGUUGUGGAUAGCGAUGGCCAAUUUCUUUUGGUCGAGGCUGCGGCUACUCUGCCUGCUUGGUUGGAGCCUGAGAUAGCGGACAAUCGAGUGUGGAUUCAUCAGGGACAACUUGUUAUCAUCAAACCGAAAAAUCCGAAGAAGGGCACGGUCACCGAAAAGAUCUCCCUUCCAGAGUCCAUGAAAAUAAUUAAAGAAGAACCCGCUCGCCUCAUGCGAUCUACCAUGAUCCAGGAGGAAGCGUUCUAUCGGUUGCGAAAUUACCCCAAGCAAAUCAACGAGAAUCUCCAUUCCGCUUUGGUGACGAUUCCACGAAAGGUCGCCUACCUAUUGAACCAGAAGCCUGCUUACAUCUCAGCGGCAGUGGAAUCCUUCUAUCUUCGAGACCCGAUUGCUUUACGUCCCUUGCGAACCAAAGAUACAAGCAGUUUCGUCUUUCCGCCCGAGGAUCUCGUCACCGUCAGCGUGCGAUUCACAAGAGUAGGAUAUGCGCAGCUCAAAAGCCAGGACUUUCCGGCUCCGAAGUCAUGGAUCCCAAAACUGCCUGCUAAAGACGAACAAAAAGCCUAUGAUCGUGCAGAGAUUGGCAUGAAACUCUCCUGUGGAUUUGAGAUGCUCCUCACCGACCCACAAAAUCAGGACAAGCCGCAUGUGAGAGAAAUUAAACUCGUACUAGAGGAUUUGGAGACAGGAGAUGAUGCCUUGCCGACAGAUGAGGAGAUCAACAAAUGGACGAAGCGUGAAGACGACGAGAAAUGGCUGGAUAUCAGCUUUGAGGACCUCGAUAGGGAGCUGAAGGGGAAAGAGAAAGGUGACGCGAAGCAAGACAAAGGCGAAUUUGGAGAUGCAAAUGCCCAGGAAAACCUCCAGCGAAUCGUGGCGCGCUUCGAACAAUUUUUGAAUGACGACUCGGCUGGAUUUGAAGGCGCCGAUUUCAUAGACGACUACGGCUCCGACUCUGAAAAUGGCGAUGAUGACGACGACGAAGUGAGCAGUGAUGGUGAAGACAAGGAAGCCUCAUUUGACGAGGAAGAAUUCUCCAGGAUGAUGAAAGAAAUGAUGGGUCUACCAUCUAUGCCUGGUUUACCGGGGUCUUCGAAGCCAUCAACGUCGCGUAAAAGAGUGGAAGAAUUAGGCGACGAAUCGGAAGACGAUACUGAACAGAUAAAGCAAUUGUCAAAUGAAAUGGAAGCCGAAUUGCGAGGCACGGGAGUUCUAAACCUGAAUCGUCCCUCAGGCAAGCAGGCUUUGUCGGAAGAGGCGUCAAAUGGUACACAGGCGGAGAGCAGCGGAAACAAAGAGGGUGACGAGGCGGAUGAAGACAUUGACAUCAAUCUUGCCAAAAACAUACUGGAAAGUCUUCAGGGUCAAGCCGGGGGUGCAGGCCCAGCGGGCAACAUGCUCUCGAUGCUGAACCUGCAAAUGCCCAAAGAUGAUCGCCACCGCUGA